CCAGCUGCACCAGCCACCACCCACGCAUUCUGACCAACUCUGCUAUGAAUUCCUCGAUUCCAUCCACAACUUCAUGCUUAGUUACACAACAGUUACGAUCUCGGAGCUCCGAGGUGCUUAAAACCUCAAAUCCUCGCCUAGUAUGCGUGCCUGGACCCCACUCUGGGUCUGCUCACGCGUGCCAUCCCGCGCGAUCCACUCCCUGCGUCCCUAGCGCAGGCAUUCGCCUGCGCGGAAAAUGCACUUUUCUCAUCUCAUCCUCGUCAUGUCACUCCUCGCCUUCCCUCAGCCGUCGAUCCCUUCCUCCCAAGCCCCAAAGCCUGCCACGUCACCUCUCUGGCUACUCAACGCACGCCCGUCUGGCCUUGUCAGCGUCACUCCGCUCUUUACCAGCUCCGUCGGCAGCUCCUUCGGCAGCUCCGUCGGCAGUUUCAGGAGCCGAUCUAGGAAUUCCGAACCUCUCGCUAGAGCCGCCGAGCUGCGUACCCGCCAGCAUGUCCAUUCGGUUGGAGAAACCAUGGCUUCUGGGAUGGCCGUCGAGCAGAGCGUCCGUACGAACAGGGAUCCCCGGGAGAUUGUGACUGUAGACGAGGCGAUGGCUGUGACUGUAUGGAAGAGAAAGGCCUCCAUGAAAGUUUCUGCUAGUGCUGGUGCAGCUGGUGGUAAUGAUGGUGUGGCAGGUGAUACUCCUACUGCUGUAGCCGCUGGAGCUUCGGAUGCAACUGACCAGGUUCUGCCGAUUAAGUACCAUGGCGGGAAGCUGAUGACUCGGCCAAUCACAGUGUACCUGAUCUUCUAUGGCUCGUGGCGCAAGAGUCAGAUGCAAAUAGUUAAGAACUUCGUCCGAUCGCUCUCCAACACGUCAGCCACGCCCAAUGAGGGGGAUCUGGUGAGAGUGGCCGAUUGGUGGAGGAUCAACACGUGGUACACACAGAAAGGCAAGAAGCGAGUGACGUCACAGGUCCAUCUGGGAGGGGCUGUGCGGGACAGGUACUCUCAGGGGAAGGUCGUAUCUAACGACAUGCAAGGAGUAUGGAACAUCGUUGCUGCCCAAUUAGCCAACCGAACCUUCCCCCGAUCCUCUCGAGCCCAGUACCUCGUCCUCUCCAGCUCCGACGUCAGGUUCGGAUCCUCCCGACCCAACUCCGGCUUCUGCCGAACCUACUGCGGGUGGCACUCGUACGUGGAAGUCUCCCGGAAGCUUCUCAAGUAUGCAUUCGUGGGGAACGCGGAGGAGCAGUGUCCCAGCGGUUGCAGGAGGGGGUUCGGGAAGCGGGGGAGUGCGAAUGGGUGGAGAGGGGUGGAUGGGAUGGUGAGCAUAGUGGGGCACGAGAUUGCCGAGGCUGCCACGAAUCCGAGGUUCACUGGAGGGUGGUUUGAUGACGAUGGGGAAGAGAAUGCAGACAAGUGCCAGCUCGACUUUGGCCCUGCCAGCAGCAUUAAGACAGUCGGGGACAGCUACGCGUACAACAUGGUCGGGCAGGGCGGCAUGCGCUGGCUUAUCCAGUCAAACUGGCGGCCGGGCGGCGGGGGAGGAGGAUGUGUGCUGCAGGGGCCGAGUGAAGCAGAGGUGGAGGAGUGGGAGAGGGAGGCGAGGGCGAGGGCGGAAAGGAGGCGGAGGAAGAGAGUGAGUGGCACAGGUCUCAGUGGCACGGGUCCCACAGGAACAAGUCUCACUGGAACAGGUCUCAGUGUCACCAUGCAGGGGCCGAGUGAGGCAGAGGUGGAGGAGUGGGAGAGGGAGGCGAGGGCGAGGGCGGAAAGGAGGGGGAUGAAGAGAGUGCGUAAGCCUGUCCCAAGGGUGGCAGAUAAGGUGCUUGCAAGCAGAGGGGGGCUUUUGAGUCUACUGGAAAGCAGAGAGGGUCGGCUGGAAAGCAGAGAGGGGGGUGGAUUGGAUGAGGUGGACGGAACAGACAACAGAGAGUGGCACAGGGCUCGCUGGCACCAGCAGCACCAGCAGCAGCUGCACCAGCAGCACCAUGCAGAGAGAUGCAGAUAAAGUAACCUGUUGGAUUAUCAUCAGAAUGCUCUGCUUUGUUCAAUCGUUCGUGCAUUUGUU